CCUCUUAGCUAAAACCCUAGAGCCAUUCCGCCAUGGCGCUCGUCCUUCGCCUUCGUCGAGCCAUAGCGCUCUCCUCCUCCCUCAUCCAUCAUCCUCCUCUCACCUCCUCCUCCUCCUCCUUGUCUUCUUCUUGUCCCCCUCUCCUGAAACCCCUUCUACGAUCUUCCCUUCUCGGAAAUCCUAGCUCUCAGCCCAUCACCCAGGUUCGCUCCUUCCGGUCGUCGAUCCCGGUGGAGAUCCGGAGGUGGGAAGGUGGAGAAGAGGAUAAGAUCAAACCGGAUGAGAUCUUAUUCGAAGGGUGUGACUACAACCACUGGCUCAUCACCAUGGACUUCCCGAAGGACCCCAAGCCCACGCCGGAGGAGAUGGUCGAGACCUACGUCCAGACUGCCGCUAAAGUUAUUGGAAGUGUAGAGGAGGCAAAGAAGAAGAUGUAUGCCUGUAGUACCACUACUUAUCAAGGUUUUCAAGUAAUGGUGUCCGAGGAGGAGUCUGAAAAGUUCAAAGGAUUGCCUGGAGUUGUCUUUGUGCUGCCGGACUCUUACAUUGAUCCUGUGAACAAGGAGUAUGGAGGUGAUAAGUAUGAUAAUGGAGUUAUUACUCCUAGACCUCCCCCAAUUCAAUAUGGCAGACAAGGAAGAUAUGGUGAUAGAAACAGGAAUUAUGAUCGGCCAAGGUAUGAUAGCCCAAGGGACGCAAGGCCAAUGCCUCAAGGAAGGCAACCUUAUGAUCGCCAGGGACCCAUGCAAGGAGACGGAAGAAACUAUGCUCCUCAGCAGAACUAUGGUCCACCAGGUGAUAGGAGGGAUUUUGGUCCUCCUGGGCAGGCUAGAGACUUUGGUGAUGCCAAUCAGGGAAUGAGGAGAGAUCCGAUGCCUUCAUAUUCAAGAGAUCCUAAUCAAGGAGGAAAUUUUGCCUCUCAAGGUCAAGCAGGAGAUCAAAGAUAUGCUGGUUCCCCAGGUGUUGGAGAUUAUGGUCAGAGAUCAGGCCCGGGAUAUUCUGGGGAUAGCAGGCAAGGAUCUGGCCCAGGGUUUAGUGGUGACUACAGACAGGGAUCAGGUCCUGGUUACAGUGGAGGUUAUCAACAGGGAUCAGGUCCUGGUUAUGGUGGAGGCUACCAACAGGGAUCAGGUCCUGGCUAUGGUGGAGGCAACCAGCAGGGAUCAGGUCCUGGCUAUGGUGGAGGCUACCAACAGGGAUCAUCAGGCCCUGGUUAUGGCGGAGGCUACCAACAGGGAUCAUCAGGCCCUGGUUAUAGCGGAGGCUACCAACAGGGAUCAUCAGGCCCUGGUAACCAACAGGGGUCAGGACCUGGGUACAGUGGGGAUUUCAGACAAGGCUCAGGUGGUUUUGGUGAAGAGAAGAGGGAAGAAGCAGGAUAUGGCUAUGGGCAAGGGUCAGGUUCUGGUCAUGGGCAGAGCUAGUGUGCUUCUUUGUUAGAACAUAGAACUUGUUGUCAGGGAUCUUCUAAACCUCAGUAUUCAAUCUGAAGUCAUUUGGCUGGUGAUAUACACACUUAAAAGGAGAGUUUCCAGUGUGUGUGCUUUGUUCCUUUGUUGGUUUUAGUAUGGUCUACAUUAGUCAGUCAGUAAAUGGUCCUUUUUGGGUCUGUUAUGAACCCUGAGUUCAGUGAAAUAGUCUCUUCUAAGUUGUUCUGGGCUGCACUGCUUCUGUCUUCAAGCUCCUAAAUACUCAAAACUCUCAUUUUGUCACCAUUUGAGAUCAUUUUA